AUGCAGCCAAAGAUGGCAGACGAAAAGCACGCGCUGCUUCCCGAGGUCGCCACGCAGCCCUCGGCCCGGGAUGGCGGCGGCGGCUUGUCCUGGAAGGCCAAGCUGGCUUUCGCCGCACUCGGCGCUCUGGGCUGGUGCCAACUCGACGCUGCACUACAGCAGGGCCGCAUCGUCAAGCACGGCCACCGUCACCACUCGGACUGGGGCUCCUUCCCGCACAAGGACGACCCCUUCCACUUUCUCCCGUGCACCAACGCCACGGUCCCGCCGGGCCUCGACGAGGCGCAUCCGCUCGAGGCGUGGGCGCGGCUGUACGACCCCAACCCGAACCACUGGUCGCGCGGCAACAGCAGCCAAUCGCUCUACCUGUGUGGCUGGCUCGAUGUGCCGCUCGACUACACCAACGCCUCGGACGAUAGAAUUGCGAGGCUGGCAGUGACCAAGCUGCAACAUGCGCCCAAGCGGUCCAAGCGCACCAUGGUCGUCGAACCGGGCGGACCGGGAGGAUCGGGAACGAGUCUGGUCUGGCGCAAAGCCGAGCAGUUUGCACGCAAGUACACCGACGAUACGUUCGACGUGCUCGGCUGGGAUCCGCGUGGAGUCAAUGUCUCGCAGCCCUCCAUCUCGUGCUUCCCCUACGACGCCGAUCGCGAUCGAUGGAGCUUGCUCACCACGCGCUUUCACCGCGAAGUCGAUCCGCGCGACGCCAUGCUCAAGGCCGACGCCAUGAACCAAGCCAUUUUCGAGGCAUGCAAGCGCAAGUACGGCGAUGUAGCCGGCAUGCUCACCACAGCAUUCGUCGCGAGGGAUCUCGACGAAAUCAGAAAGGCACUCGCCGAGGAUCGUCUGAACGGAUACUUUAUCAGCUACGGCACCGGCAUCGGACAGACGUACGUCAACAUGUUCCCGCAUGCAGUGGGAAGGCUGAUGCUCGAUGGCACCGAGUACGUGCGCGACCAGCGUCGGAUUGGCGGAUUCGGAUGGGCGGCGCUCGACAACAUCACCGCCGCUUUUCAGGACGGUUUGCUCGGCGAGUGUGUCGAUGCGGGUCCAGACCGGUGCAAGCUCGCCCAAUCCCUUCCUGGAUCGAGCUCACUACCGACGAGGAGCGAUCUGAUCACUGCGAUGGAUGGGCUAUUUGGUCGGCUGGUGGAGAGGCCCCUUGCUGGCCAUACCGAGGCGUCGGGACCGAUGAUCAUCAGCUACACGCAGCUCAUCUCGCUCAUCUAUGGUGCGCUGUACAAUCCGUUUGGAUGGGACGCUCUGGCAGCGGGAUUGCACGAGCUGCUGCAGGGGAACACGAGCAUGAUCGCUCAAAUGCUGGAUUCGUGGGAAUACAACCCCAGCAUGCCUGUGGCCAAGCAUUCGUCCGACGAGCUCGGCAUGCUGGUCAUCUGUUCCGACCAGUACGACAGCCCCCUGCCCCCCGGUUAUGACGUCGAAACCAACGGCGAGCGUUGGUAUCUGGAACUAUGGAAGCACAUGGUGGAGCAGUCCGAGAUUGGAGGCAAUGGACGAUUCCUCGACAUCCUGCCGUGUCGACAGUGGAAUGCGACGUUUGGUGCGCCCAAAGAGGUGUAUCGCGGUGAUCUUGACCACGAUCUCUCGGCGCCAGUGCUGUUGAUCGCCGAGGCGUACGAUCCAGCCACGCCACUGCGCAACGGUCGGAGGUUGUUGCGGGAGAUGGGCAAGAAUGCGCGCCUCAUCGCGCAUCACGGCUACGGACACUCGUCGAGGGAUACCAGCACAUGCACCGACACCAUCAUGCGCAACUACAUGCUCCACGGCACCCUACCCGACCAGCAAGAGACGCAGUGCCAUGCCGAUGGCCAGCCGUAUCGAUACACCGACGCCAAAUCAAGCGCUCAGCUCCUGCACGAGUGGAAGAUCAGCAUGGCGGAAACGCAGCUACUGCGUGGCAGUUCCCCCCGCAGACGCCGAGUGUAG